GCUUACCUUUUGAUAAAUUCUUCGUCUAUUGCCUUGUACCCCCUUUCCUUUACUUGUUGGAUACGCUUACAUCCUUGGAGAAUCACAGUGCUUCUCCUGCUGGAUUGAAUUGAUCUGUGCUAGCUGCAUACAUCCAGGAGACACGGCACCAAUACUGUUCUAGUCGGCCACCUUAAAAAUCCUGUUCUGGGUAAUAGUGUACAUAACCAUUUUCUGAUAUUUCUUUGUCCGAGUGGCAUUAGAGAAAUGGCAGGUGGAAGAUUCAUCCCUGUGGUUGUCGGUGUGGGCGAUAUCAAAAACAAAUCUUCAAAGGUUGAAGAUGCAAUCGAGCCUUUACAACUCAUGCUCCAAGCAACUUCAGUUGCCAUCAAAGAUACUGGCUUAUCCUUAUCCACUGCAAAAAAGCUACAGUCAAGCAUUGAUAGCGUGAGUGUAGUGAACACAUGGACAUGGAGCUACGAUGAUUUGCCGGGCCUUCUCAGCGAGAAGUUGGGUAUAACACCCUCUCAUAAGGUCUUGAGUAUACAUGCAGGUAGUUCUCCUGCAAAGUUGUUUGACGAGGCUGCUAGAAGGAUCUCCCUUGGGGAGAGCAAAGUGGCGGUUGUGACAGGCGGCGAAGCCCUAGCUUCACUCGGGGCUUGUGCGGCUGCUGGGAAACUUCCUCCUCCUGGAUGGACAAAGACGAGCGAGAGCGGCAGAGCUCUCUCACUUUCGGAUAUAACAGGGCAAGGACGAAGGAAUCUAGGCACUACUCACUCCGUUGGAUUACCAAUUCACGUCUACCCUCUCUAUGAAAACGCAUUUAGAGCCCACCGCAAUCAAACCCUCCAAGAAAAUGAUAAGGAGUCUGCUCGAUUAUAUGCCAAUUUUGCCAAGGUGGCCGAACAGAAUCCUCUGGCUUGGAACUAUGGGCAACUUGCUGCAACAGAGGAGACUAUCCAAACCGUAUCGAAGAAGAACAGAAUGAUAUGUUACCCAUAUCCACUUUUGAUGAAUGCAUUCAAUAAUGUUAACCUUGCUGGAACUUGUCUUCUAACUUCCACCGAGUAUGCGAGAGAGCUCGGUAUUCCUGAAAACCGUUGGAUUUAUCCUUUAGGAGGGGCAGGGACAGAUGAUAGCGAGUACUUUUGGGAACGUCCAAACUUUUACUCGAGCCCCGCGCUCUCGAGAUCGUUAGAUGCAGGGUUAGAGAUAUCUGGCCUAACAAAAGAUGACAUUGAUAUCUUUGACUUUUACUCUUGCUUCCCAAUCAUUCCCAAACUAGCAUGCCAUCAUCUAGGUCUAUCAAUUACAAAUCCUCCAAAACCAAUCACUCUCUUGGGAGGACUGACAUCUUUUGGCGGCGCUGGCAACAACUAUUCGAUGCACGCUAUCACAGAGAUGGUUCGCAAGCUCCGAAAAGGACCGGCUCUUCACGGGUUAAUAUUAGCAAACGGCGGCGUCGUGACACACCAGCAUGUAAUCUGUCUCUCCUCCAAGCCCCGCAACCACCACUCUCCAUACCCUGCGAAAAACCCUCUUCCCGCUCUCACGACCGAUUGGCAAGUGCCGCCCAUAGAAGCGCAAGCUCACGGCGAGGCUAUUAUCGAGACAUACACAGUGGAAUUCCAUCGCGAUGGCUCACCGUUGAGAGGAUAUAUCGUGGGUCGAUUGAAGGAAAAUGGUCAUCGCUUCCUUGCGAAUCAUGCAGAUCAGAAUACUCUCUUGCAGCUGUCGAGUGGUGUCAAGGAACAGAUUGGGAGAGCGGGAUGGGUUAGGACGGCUGAGGAUGGGAGAAAUUUGUUUACGUUCGAUGAUAAGGGCGGGAAGCUGUGAUAUCAUCUCGUCGUAAAGAAACAUGCUCCAGAACUUCUUUUUCUCGUGCUAGCUUUAACAGGAGUAUUCACCACACCAAGAAGCAACAAUCUCAGAAUAGGAGUUGUAUUGAUCUAUCAUCGAUCUACCUAUUUAAUGUACGCAAGGGGGAGAAGAAGACAACGAGAAAAGUCCGACAGGAGAAACAAACCAGCAAUUUCAAUUCGCCGCCAUGCGCGCCAUCACUCCCCCCGUAUA